AUGGAUACCUGGUCAUAUCUAGGGUCUCUAAUUAAUAUACCGAAAAGCAUAAUCCUUAAUUAUGAUAGUGUAACAGUUAUUCAAGCUGAGACCAUACCGACAGUUCUAACAGAACAUUUUGGAAAUGACCCUACAACUAAACACAUCUUAGAAGAUGACACCCAUCGAUACCAUUUAGUUGAAAGAUAUAAUAGUCAAAUUUAUAUUGAUUGGGGCGUCAAAGAAUUAGAUCUAACAACCAUACAAUUUGACCAAAAAGAAUUGAAUGUAGCGAAAAUCUCUAAAGUACCAUAUCCAAAUCCUAAUAUCGAGAACUUCAACAUAAAGAUAUUCUUCCCAUUUUGGGAAGAAGAUUCUAAUCCAGAAGUAGAGGAAAAUAUUAAACUUAGUAUGACCCCACCAGGAGACAAACAGUCUCCAGUUAAGAUUGAAGCAGAAAUUGCUAACCCCAGAACUUACUUGGAAACCAAAUACUACGAAGCUCUUUUUUCAAUUCAAAUUCCACUGGCUUACUUUGUUAAAUCAAACUUGAUCCGUUUCAAAAAUAUGUGCAGGACCACUUACAAUUCUGAGUUUGAAAUGGCGUACCAAGCUACCUUAUUGGAUAUGCUUCUAACGAUACCUAAGUUUGACCAAAGACAUGAUUUGAAUGCAUUAGUAUCAAAUUCUAUAUUUACCAAUCCAAUUGCGCUAGACUGCAAAGAUGCAUGUCUCAAUAAGUACCAUUUAUCUAGAAACAUAGAACAGCCCAGUACACAGCUGUCAGAUUUAUCAUUUGUCUUAAAAGCCCGUGAAUUGAAACUUCAAAUUGUUAUAUUAUUGGAACUAAUCUACUUAAAUGGGAGAGACGAUAAUUUCAAGAACUUCGAGAGGAGGUACAAAUCAAAAUUAAAGAAAAGAGCAUUAAAUGUUACGAGGAUAGCUACGAGAAGAAACAAAUUGAACAAGGAGCAUAAAAAGGACCCAAAUACGAAGAAGGAUGAGGAAGUUUCACUAGAUCUUUGUGAACAGUUGGAUGUAUACUUGGAUAAGUUAAAUAUCGUGGACAUCCUACUUGGUUCUGAGGUUUCGAACCCAGAUUUAGAAGCUGAUAAUAACCCAAUACAUGAACAAAAGCAAAAUAUAUUAAACAAAAAUAAAGAGGCGUCAUCUGUUGGAUUUGCGAACUAUGUUUUAAUACCUUACUUUGUCAAAAAACUACCUAACGCAGUAAGCUUCAUCAUAUCCAAGCUUAAAGGGCCCAGCUUGAGAAGCAAAGGACCUUCACUAUCAAGAACUUCACAUAAUACUCAAACUGAUGCAAUACAAGUAGCAUUGAAAUCACGAGAUGAAACAGGUAGUAAAGAAAUCUCUCAAACGUCGACAACUGCCAGUUCUAUUGUCUCCUCCCCUACACGAAAAAUAUCUAGACCCUCUCUAAAUAGAACGAUGACUAUAGGUUCACUAACAUCUGAUCUGUUGAAUACUAGAACCAAUUCGAACCUUACAGAAUUUUUGGAAUCUGAUUCUCAAUCAUUAAGAAAACCUUCACUACUAUCCAGAACGAAAUCAGAUCUUGUGAUGAAUAAUCUACAAAAGCGACAAUUGUCGGUCAACGACUUGACCGCUAGCAGUAAAACAGAUGACUUUGCCUCCAGAAAGAGUUCAAUUAUAUUUGAUGGUUCUCAGUCUUCAGUAAGAAAAAAAAUUCCUUCAUUUCAAACUCAAUCUUUUAGAAGAGUGGGGAAAUUCAAGAGCAAGACAUCUCCCACCAUUAUUCCAGAAACAUCAAAGCAUGAGUCACCAAGUAAUAUGGUUCAGGUUACUGCAACACCGCAGAUUAAAGGUAAUAAAAACACCCCUCGUAAAAGAGGGUUGUUGCAUCAAAUAGUGGAAUCACCCAUUGAUUCGGUAACAAUUUUACAAACUCCACGUAUACCUGAAGUAUCACCUUUGAGCAAGGCAAUAAAACCCGCACCUGAUAAGGAUAAUAAUGAAACCAUACCUCCUAAGAAAAAGAUUCGUAGGAGACUAUUUGCACCUUAA